AUCCCGUCCGGUGCCUCCCGCCCCUCCUCGGGCUCUGUAGGACCGGGCGGGCAGGUGAGUGCGCGGCUCCGGACACCGGGGGGGGGCGGCCCCGGCUGCAAAGGCCCGUCCCCCGCUCCGCUCCGGCUGCAUCCAGGCGCUUCCCUGCUCCGGACAGGACUGGCAUCGGAGGUAACAACAGGGAAACCGAGGGGGGGCCUCCGCACCCGGGCACGGGCAGGAGCCGGGCAGGCACGCAUUUCAUCCUUGUGCCCCGCACACGGGCUGGGAGCUGAGCGCCCGCAUUUGGGAAACUGAGGCACGGGCAGCGCCCUGACCCAUCCUACACCCCUGGGCACCUGCAGCCCCGUGAGGGUGAACGAAUCUCCUGGAUCCAAAGGAGCUCUCUAGAGCUCGUGCCUGUUUUGCUGGUUUUGCUUUGCGAAAGAAUAGGAUUUGGAGGCUCGGGUUGGGAAAGGCGCUUUGUUGGCCGGGUUCCGGAGCCGACUCCUCCCGGCACCGCGGGGUUGUGCCGGUGCCCAACCCAGCCCUGCUGAGCCGCGGGCAGCCUGGCAGGGGGAUGGAGGCAGUGACUCAGGAGUAUGGGAUGCUUCUCACCCCGCAGCCGGAGCCACGCAGCGCACAACGUCGGCGCUACACGCGGCGCAGCCAUGGCUGUAGGGACGCAGCUACAGCUGCUGCUCUGGAAGAACCUCGCCUACCGCCGGCGGCAGCGGGUGCAGUUGGCCAUCGAGCUGCUGUGGCCGCUCUUCCUCUUCCUGGUGCUGGUGGCCGUGCGGCGCUCCCACCCACCCUUCCAGCAGCACCAGUGUCAUUUCCCCAACAAGGCGCUGCCAUCAGCCGGGACGCUGCCUUGGCUGCAGGGCAUCCUCUGCAACGUGCACAACCCCUGCUUCCAGCAGCCCACCCCUGGAGAGGCCCCUGGCACAGUGGGCAACUUUGGAGGCUCCAUCCUGUCCCGCCUGCUGGCUGAUGUGCACCAGGCCCUGCACCGUGCUGAUGGUUGGCAGCUCCUGCACCACCUCGCCCAGCUCCUGCCUGCACUGCGGGGCCGCACGGCGCUGAUCUCAUCCCGGCUGCUGCAGGGCGAUGCCCUCACACGCCUCCUCCACACCAACACCUCGCUGCUGCACCAGGCAUUGGUGGAGGGGCUCAGCCCACGUGAUGAGUGGAUGAGCUUGGAGAUGGACGAUGCUGUGGCAGCCCUGGGUCCCUUCCUGCAGAGCGCUGAGUCCCUGCUACAGGAGCUCUCCUCCAUGGGCACCGUGGCUGAGCUGCAACGUGAGGUCACAGUGCUGACAGCCCCUGGUUCCUCUGCUGUGGGCGCCUUUGAGGCCGUAUCACGCAUCGCCUGUGGGCACCCUGAGGGUGGGGGGCUGCAGGUGCCUUCCCUCAACUGGUACGAGGACAGCGAUGUCGGUGCCUUCAUGCACCGCAACGGCUCCAGGCGCAGCACGGCAACCCCCGACAACGACACCAGUUCCUUCUGCCAGGAGCUGCUCCGCAGCCUGGAGGCUGCCCCACUUUCGCAGCUCUUCUGGCGUGGCAUCAAACCCCUGUUUGUGGGCAAGAUCCUGUACACACCGCCCAGUCCUGCCACCGACCGCAUCAUGGCCGAGGUGAACCGCACCUUCCAGGAGCUGGCAGCGCUGCGGGACACAGCUGGUGCUGCUCUGGAGCUGGGAGCCCACAUCCGUGCCAUUCUCAAUGGCAGCCAGGAGCUGCGGGUGCUGCGGGAGCUGCUGCUUGCACCGGGCACGGCACCACUCCUGGAUGGGCUCCUCAAUGGCACCUCCCAGUCGGUGUUGGCACAGUUGCUGGCCGGGUCAGCAGGGCCCAGCUGGCAGCAGACACUGGAUGAAGCGGAGCGGGCGCUGGGUGCUCUGUCACAGCUCCUGGGAUGCGUCCGCCUGGACAAGAUCGAGGCGGUGGGCAGCGAGGAGCAGCUGGUGGCCCGUGCCAUGGAGCUGCUGGAGGAGAGGCAGUUCUGGGCUGCUGUGGUCUUCCAGCCCCCCCUGAAUGCCACGGCCACGGCGCUGCCCCCCCACGUGCGCUACAAGAUCCGCAUGGACAUCGACGAUGUCACGAGGACCAACAAGAUCAAGGACAGGUUUUGGGACCCGGGCCCUGCAGCUGACCCAUUCAGCGACCUGCGCUACGUGUGGGGUGGCUUUGUCUACGUGCAGGACCUGGUGGAGCAGGCGGUGGUGCGGGUGCAGACAGGCUCUGUCCCACGGGUGGGGGUCUACCUGCAGCAGAUGCCCUAUCCCUGCUACGUGGAUGAUGUGUUCCUGAGGGUGCUGAACCGCUCACUGCCGCUCUUCAUGACGCUGGCGUGGAUCUACUCGGUGGCCAUGAUCAUCAAGGGGGUGGUGCAUGAGAAGGAGGCGCGUCUCAAGGAGACCAUGAGGAGCAUGGGGCUGAGCAGCGGGAUGCUCUGGCUCAGCUGGUUCCUCAGCAGCUUCAUCCCCUUCCUCCUCAGCUCAGCUCUCCUCGUCCUCAUCCUCAAGCUGGGAGACAUCCUGCCCUACAGCAACCCGGCCGUCAUCUUCCUCUUCCUCGGCACCUUCUCGGUGGCCACCAUCUGUCAGUGCUUCCUCAUCAGCACCUUCUUCCCCCGUGCCAACCUGGCCUCGGCGUGCGGUGGCAUCCUUUACUUCUCUCUCUACCUGCCCUACGUGCUGUGUGUGGCAUGGCGUGACCACGUCACCUUUCCUCUCCGCGUCCUCGUGAGCCUGCUGUCCCCAGUGGCCUUUGGCUUUGGUUGUGAGUACUUCUCGCUGUAUGAGGAGCAGGGGGUGGGCAUGCAGUGGCACAACCUGGGCACCAGCCCUGUGCCGGGAGACCCCUACAGCUUCGCCAUGGCCAUGGGGCUGCUGCUGCUGGACGCUGUCCUCUAUGGGCUGGCAGCCUGGUACAUCGAGGGCGUCCUCCCAGGUCAGUACGGGGUCCCCAAGCCCUGGAAUUUCCCCUUCCUGAGGAGCUACUGGUUUGGAGAGCCGCCCUCAGCUGGAUACCCUCCCUACCCCAGCCGUCCUCUCACUGCACCCCAAGUGCUGGUGGAGGAGCCGCCUCCCCAGCUGCAGCCAGGAGUUUCCAUCCGCAACCUGGUGAAGGUUUACCGCAGCAGCAGCCAUGUGGCCGUCGAUGGGCUGAGCCUGGAUUUCUACGAGGGGCAGAUCACCUCCUUCCUGGGCCACAACGGGGCCGGCAAGACCACCACCAUGUCUAUCCUGACCGGGCUGCUGCCCCCUACCUCCGGCACUGCCUACAUCCUAGGCUGGGAUAUCCGUUCCGAUAUCGACAGCAUCCGGAAGUCCAUGGGGAUGUGUCCGCAGCACAACGUGCUCUUUGAUAUCCUGACAGUGGAGGAGCACAUUUGGUUCUACGGGAGGCUGAAAGGGCUGGCGGAGGAGCAGGUGCAAGCGGAGAUGGAGCAGCUGCUCCAGGACACGGGGCUGCCCCACAAGCGCCAGGAGCAGACCAGGAACCUGUCGGGCGGCAUGCAGCGGAAGCUCUCUGUGGCCAUCGCCUUUGUGGGCGGCUCUAAGGUGGUGGUCCUGGAUGAGCCCACAGCCGGGGUUGACCCCUACUCACGCCGCAGCAUCUGGGAGCUGCUGCUCAAGUACCGCAAGGGGCGCACCAUCAUCCUCUCCACGCACUACAUGGACGAAGCGGAGCUGCUGGGGGACCGCAUCGCCAUCAUCUCGCAGGGCCGGCUCCGCUGCUGCGGGUCUCCGCUCUUCCUCAAGGCCAGGCUGGGCACGGGUUACUACCUCACCCUGGUCAAGCGGGAGAGCACCGAGCUGGGCGCCGGCGGCUCCGGCCCUACCAAAAAGGACGGCGGCACCUCCGAGGGCGGAGAGCGGGACAGCGAGGGCAGCGCAGCGGAUGUGCCGCAGCUGUCGGCACUGCUGCAGCAGCACGUCCCCGGCUCCAGGCUGGUGGAGGACAUCGGGCGCGAGGUGCUUUUCGUGCUGCCCUACAGCGGGGCCAGGGACGGAGCUUUUGGGGAGCUCUUCCGGGAACUGGAUGCGCGUUUGGGCGAGCUGGGCAUCUCCGGCUACGGCAUCUCGGACACGAGGCUGGAGGAGAUCUUUCUGAAAGUGGCCGAGGACAGCGGGGUGGAUGGUGGCAGGACAGGCAACAGCAACAGAACACCCCUGCUGGGAAGAGGAGCGAGCCCUGAUAAAGAAGGGGUCAAGGGAGCAGCUGCCGAGGAGCCGGCCCAAGGAGCCCGCAGAGCGGAGGAGCCGCAAGAGACGGACCUGCUGCGUGGAGCGGCCGAGGGCAGCCGGUGCGUGCGGGGCUGGGCGCUCACCCGGCAGCAGCUCCGCGCUCUCUUCACCAAGCGGCUGCUCCACGCCCGGCGCAGCACGCGGGGCUUCUUCGCACAGAUCGUCCUGCCCGCUGUCUUUGUCUGCGUUGCGCUGCUCUUCAGCCUCAUCGUGCCGCCCUUCGGGAGAUACCCAGCGCUGCGCCUGGAGCCCGGGAUGUACGGCCAUCAGUUCACCUUCUUCAGCAAUGACGCUCCGGGGGACGCGGACACGUCCCGGUUGCUGGCCGCGCUCCUGGCCGAACCGGGCUUCGGUACCGCGUGCAUGAAGGACGAGGCGGAGCGAACGGGGCCGUGCCCACCUGCGUCCCACCCCGAAGGCUUCAGGCAGCCCCCGGUUCCCCCGGCCUUGCUGGAAGCUCUGCGGCGUGGGAACUGGACACGAGCUGAGCCGUCCCCCUCCUGCCAGUGCAGCGGGCCGGGGGCGCGCAGGAUGCUGCCCGAGUGCCCCACGGCCGCCGGAGGGCUCCCACCACCCCAGGUGCAAAGGGGCACAGGGGACAUCCUGCUGAACCUGACGGGCAGGAACAUCUCUGACUACCUGGUGAAAACCUACCCCCAGCUCAUUCGCCAGGGGCUCAAAACCAAGAAGUGGGUAAACGAGCAGAGGUAUGGUGGCUUCUCCCUGGGUGCCGGUAGCUCGCAGCUCCUUCCAUCAGCAGAGGAGGUGGGCAGCGCAGUGCAGGAGUUGAGAGAACUCUUCAAUGUCACCCAGGGCAGCCCCAUGGAUCGGCUCCUGGGCAACCUGAGCCAUUUCUUCGAGGGUUUGGAUGCACGCAGGAACAUCAAGGUGUGGUUCAACAACAAGGGCUGGCACGCCAUGGUCGCCUUCCUCAACGUGGCCAGCAACGGGCUGCUGAGGGCACAGCUCCCCGCAGGCUCUGACCCUGCACUCUAUGGCAUCACGGCCAUCAACCACCCUCUGAACCUCACCAAGGAGCAGCUCUCAGAGGCUGCACUGAUGGCCACAUCGGUGGACGUGCUGGUCUCCAUCUGUGUGAUCUUCGCCAUGUCCUUCGUCCCAGCCAGCUUUGUGCUCUUCCUCAUUGAGGAGCGGGUCAGCAAGGCCAAGCAUCUGCAGUUCAUCAGCGGGAUGAAGCCCGUCACCUAUUGGCUGGGCAACUUUGCUUGGGACAUGUGCAACUACCUGGUCCCCGCGCUGCUGGUUGUCCUCAUCUUCCUCUGCUUCCAGCAGAAGUCCUAUGUGUCCUCAGCCAACCUGCCUGCCCUGGUGCUGCUGCUGCUGCUCUACGGGUGGUCCAUCACCCCCCUGAUGUACCCGGCCUCCUUCCUCUUCAGCAUCCCCAGCACUGCCUACGUGGCCCUGACAUGUGUCAACCUCUUCAUUGGCAUCAAUGGCAGCGUGGCCACCUUCGUGCUGGAGCUCUUUGUGGACCAGAAGCUCAACAACAUCAACCGCAUCCUGAAGAAAGUCUUCCUCAUCUUCCCCCACUUCUGCCUGGGCCGAGGCCUCAUUGACAUGGUGAAGAACCAGGCGAUGGCCGAUGCCUUCGAGAGGUUUGGAGACAAGCGCUUCGUGUCCCCGCUGUCCUGGGACCUAGUAGGAAAGAACAUGUUUGCCAUGGCCAUCGAGGGCAUCAUCUUCUUCCUCUUCACCUUACUGCUGCAGUACCGCUUCUUCCUGCGGCUCCGGCCCCGUGCUCUGCAGCUGCCCUCACUGGGGGAUGAGGAUGAGGAUGUAGCCCGGGAGCGGAUGCGGGUGGGCAGCACCGCACGGCGCAGCGCCGUCCUGCUGCUGAAGGACCUGACCAAGGUGUAUCGGUACCGGCGCGCUCCAGCAGUGGACCGGCUGUGCCUGGCUGUUCCACCUAGUGAAUGCUUCGGGCUGCUGGGGGUGAAUGGUGCUGGGAAGACAUCCACCUUCAAGAUGCUGACGGGAGACACAGAAGUGACACUGGGGGAGGCCUGGCUGAAGGGACACAGCGUGCUCACCGACCUGCAGGCUGUCCAUCAGAACAUGGGGUACUGCCCGCAGUUUGAUGCCAUCACGGAGCUGCUGACAGGGCGGGAGCAUCUGCAGUUCUACAGCCGUUUGCGUGGGGUGCCGGAGGAGGAGACCCCCAGGGUGGCUCAGUGGGGCAUUGCCAAACUGGGCUUGGGACCACAUGCAGACCGCCUGGCAGGCACUUAUAGUGGGGGCAACAAGCGCAAGCUGUCCACGGCCAUCGCCCUGCUUGGAAGCCCCCCCAUCAUUUUCCUGGAUGAACCCACGACGGGGAUGGACCCAGGUGCCCGACGCUUCUUGUGGGACUGCAUCCUCAGCCUGGUCAGGGAGGGCCGUUCCGUGCUGCUCACAUCCCACAGCAUGGAGGAGUGCGAGGCGCUGUGCACCAGGAUGGCCAUCAUGGUCAACGGCCGAUUCCGCUGCCUGGGCAGCGUGCAGCACCUCAAGAACCGGUUUGGGGAUGGGUACACAGUGGUGGUGCGGGCGGCGGGGCCCGGCCCUGAGCUGGGCACUGUGCAGCACCUGAUGCAGUGCAGCUUUCCCGGCAUCGCGCUGCAGGAGCAGCACGGCAGCACGCUGCAGUACCGCCUGCCUUCCCAUGCCUGCUCCUUGGCACACGUGUUCGGCGUGCUGGCAGCGCACUGCGGGCAGGGCUCCAUCCAGGACUACUCUGUGUCCCAGACCACCCUUGACCAGGUCUUCGUGCACUUUGCCAGGGAGCAGAGCGACGGGGACCCGGGGCAGGACGUGGGAUCCGUGCAGGAUGCAACCUCAGGGCAGGAUAUGACCCCAGUGCCCGGGAGGCGGCCGAUGCCUUUUCUAAAGGACGACAGCUAUCAGGAGAGCGUGGUCUGAGUGUGGCUGCACGGCUCCUGGACCACCACCCCUCGCCCCAGCCCGGCUCCAGGCUGGGGCACAACCACUGAUCCCGGUCUGCUGUUGGCCUGGAGCCCGGCUGCACCACUCCUGCUGGUCUGGGGUUACGAUUCCUCCCCCCCGGCUCUGAGCUGCAGGGGAAGGCUGGCCCGCUCCCCUGCACCCGGAGCUGGGAGCCGGGCUGUGCUGCUCGCGCUGCUGUCACUUAGCGAAUGGAAUAAUAAAGUGCUGCAGUGCCGCGGGCGGAACGCCGUGCUUUGUGGCUGUAGCAAAACGGGGCGGGAGAGGAGGAAAAAAGAGGUCCGGAGCGGGACCGUGGGCUGUCGGUGUGCGGGGAAAGAAAAAAAUAUGGAACGCUUCACGAAUUUGCGUGUCAUCCUUGCGCAGGGGCCAUGCUAAUCUUCUCUGUAUCGUUCCAAUUUUAGUAUAUGUGCUG